AUGGCGAGUGACGAUCAAAGCCUAAACUAUUGGAAUCCAAACGAUCAGUUCGACACUGGAGCAAGCGUUGCUAGUUUAUUCUCCGAAUAUACCGGCACUGGUACUCAGGAUUGGGCUUCCUACAUUGCUACGACUACCCAGUCUCGGCCUUCGUCAACAUUCUCUAUCUCCAGCACCACCUCAACAGUGCCUGUCACCAUCCUCACUACGAUAAACGGCGAUGGUGCCCCCGUCACUUCGACGUAUUCGCUCGGUACUGCCAUAGGUACAGCAAGAAGCGAUUCCGCCAAUCACGAAAGUACAGGCUCAAACAGUGGGACGUCCGCCGGCAUAAAAGCAGCAAUAGGUAUUGGAACCGUGGUUGGGAUACUUGCUAUUGCCACCCUCGUCUUUUUCUGUCGGAGAAAUAAAAGGAGGAAUGAAGAAUCCACCACUGGCAAUGAGAAGUUAAGGAGCAAAUGGAGUAACCAUUUUCGAAACUUCACCUUCGACAACGAAAUGCUCCUGUCCGAACGAGACAGUGUCCACACGAGACGCAACGAGCGAAGCGUCAUUGGUAGCAUACGCCAUACAAAUGCCGACAUCAGCGGCCCGCACCACAACGUCUGGGACGACCCAGUUGGCCAAUCUCCAAACGCCAUAGAGGUGCCGCUGCCGAUAUGGAUCGAUACCAACGGCCAAGGUACACUAGAUAGGUCGGUUUCCGUUCGAACGCAGGCCACACUGCCUCCGCCCUAUCAAGCGGCUGCUACUGCUGCUACCGCCGACUUAGCAGAUUCGCCUAUUAGCCCUGCCUCAACGCAUCGCAAUACUUUUUUUGACUCCCGGUCCAACAGCCCCAUCUACGAACGAGUCAGUACUGACGAAAACCCUUUUAGCGACAACCACCGCUAUUGA